AUGAGCAAGAUGACCACAGAAAAUGCCGAACCGCUUCCUAUCAAACGUCUACAAGAGGCCUUGAUCAAUAGGAUCGCUGCCGGAGAGAUCAUCCACAGGCCUGCUUCGGCUCUCAAAGAGCUGAUAGAGAACUGCCUGGAUGCCGGCUCGACGUCCAUACGAAUAACGUCCAGAGAAGGGGGCAUGAAGCUCCUCCAAAUCCAGGAUAACGGUUGUGGCAUCAGGAGAGCCGAUCUGCCCAUCCUCGCAGAAAGAUUCACGACCUCCAAAUUGUCGACCUUCUCCGAUCUUUCGCGCAUAGCAACUUACGGCUUUCGGGGCGAAGCGCUUGCGUCGAUCUCCCACGUCGCCCGGCUGUCUGUAGUAACGAAAACCAAGUCUGACUCAUGUGCGUGGAGGGCGGUCUACGCUGAUGGUGCGCUCGCCCCUCCCAAAGCAGGCCAAUCCCCCGAUCCAAAGCCGUGCGCAGGCAACGACGGCACCGUAAUAACAAUUGAGGACCUCUUCUACAACACGCCUACGCGACUAGCCUCAUUGCGCAGCACCGCCGAAGAGUACUCCCGCAUCCUCGAUGUCGUGACCAAGUACGCGAUCCAUAACCCACACGUAUCAUUCAGCUGCAAAAAGGCAGGAUCUACCUCGCCGGACGUUACCACACCCUCUGGAUCAGAAGUGAAACAAACAAUCCAGCUUCUGUAUGGGCACUCUAUAGCGAACGAGUUGAUGCAUGUCACUGCGCAAAAGAGCGAUGUCGACCUCCAGCCUUGGGAAGCAGACGUAUUCUGCUCGAACGCCAAUUACCAAGCCAAGAAAACCAUCUUCCUUCUCUUCAUCAACCACCGUCUUGUUGAAUGCUCUCGAAUGAAGCGGGCAUUCGAAGCGGUAUACAGUGCAAUUCUCCCCAAGGGAACAUUUCCGUUCGUCUACCUAAGCUUGAUCGUCGACCCCAGCUCCGUCGACGUGAACGUCCAUCCGACCAAACGGGAAGUACACUUCCUCAAUGAGGAAGUAAUCACCGAGCGGGUCUGCGACGCAAUCCAGAACGAGCUCGGAAAGCAAAGCCACUCGCGGCCCUUUCAAUAUCAGACUUUACUUACUGGUGGAAUGCUAAGUAGAGAGCGCCCUGCACCAGCCGCCAGCGCUGAGGACCGAGGAGAGGGUCCGUCGGAAGGGCAUGACGACGCUCCUGCCGACUCUUCGACUUCGAAAGGAGGCCGCGCAAAGAAAAUCGCGUCGCAGCACAAAGUCAGAACCUCUCUAACAGACCGAACCCUAGACUCCAUGUUUCCCGUCGUGAAUCAGGCAACUCAGCCCUCGCCCUCGUCCGACCCAAGAGCACACGACUCCCCCGCAACGCAGUCACCGUCGCCAUUGAAAAUUCGCGAUAUCAAGGAGUCUGAAUGCUACUUGACCUCCGUUCUGAAUCUUCGGCACGCUCUGAUCAAGGUAAAACAUAAACAAUUGACCGAGAUACUCGAGAAACAUACAUUCGUUGGCAUCGUCGAUCUACAACGAUCCUUGUCAUUAAUCCAGCACUCUACGAAGCUCUACCUUGUAAACAACAGUGCUUUGUCAGAGGAACUCUUCUAUCAGCUCGGGUUACGACAAUUCGCAGAUCUCAGCCGUAUGAAGCUCCAGCCCCCACCUUCUCUUCGCUCCCUCCUCCAGAUCGCAGUCAACGCCGAACCGUCUGUGCAGCAAACCAAGCUGACCAAGGACCAAAUAGUCGAUAAGAUAUUUGGUCUGUUGAUGUCCAGACGCGAGAUGCUCGCCGAGUACUUCAGCCUCCACAUAUCGUCCAGCGGGGCGGUCGAGAGCCUGCCCCUCCUCCUGCGCGACUACACCCCCAACCUCGAUAAACUCCCGCACUUCCUCAUGCGCCUGGGACCGCAAGUCGACUGGACCUCCGAAGUGGAAUGUUUUGACACAUUCCUCCGCGAGCUCGCGUACUUCUACACACCUGGUCCUCUCCCCUUGAUUGGCUACCAGGCCACCGAUGUCGAUGAGGGACAAGUCAAGGCCGAGGAAUGGCAGAUCCAACAUGUGAUCUUCCCCGCGAUGCGCAGAUACCUAUGCGCGCCGCAAUCUCUCCUGGAUAGAGAUGUGAUCCAGAUCGCGAACCUGCCCGAUUUGUAUAGAGUGUUUGAACGGUGCUAG